AUGUGUAUCCACCACCAUUUCUCAGAGCAGCCCGAGGACACCACCGUGGGUCAAGGAACCACAGCUCUCCUCCGUUGUCACCUCUCCGACUCGAACCCUCCAGCCGUCUAUCGCUGGAAGAAAGACGGCCACCCAAUCUCCCCUGACAACGAUAGGGUCGUCCUCUCCCUGAGUGGGUACCUGUACAUCAGGAACGUCACGGACACGGAUGAGGGAGAGUAUCAGUGUCUCGCGGAGAAUGAGGUGUCGGGCAAGACGCGAUGGAGCAGAGUUAGCUCUCUCUCUGUAAACGAAAUGUUAGAUAUGUGGUCAGGGGAGAGUGAGGGAGGAAUUUACCUGUGCCUCCCUCUCCUCCCUCCGCCCCGCCUCAUUGCCCUCCCCGAGACUACAGUGACUGUGUCGGAAGGAGGGAGGGUGGUGUUGGAAUGUGCCACCGACGGCGCCACGGCAACCAUCUCUUGGUCCCACACCUCCCUCGUCUCCCUUCCUCACAACAGCUAUACAAAGUUGCGAGUUUAG